ACGUAAUCAAACAAAAAUAUGACUAUUCAAGGCAUGCUGGUUAAGGUUUGAGACCGUGUUGGUAUUCAGAUAUGUCCCAAAACUCACACAUCUAUCUUCCGCGUCACGCAAUUAAAGAUAACAGUGAGAUUGGGCAUCACAGUUUACAAAUGUCCACUGAAGAACCUCUGAAUUCUUUCCCGAAUCAUCACCCCUCUUCCGUGGAUCAAUCAAACAAAAUGAUUCCUUGCAUUUCCCGCUUCCCUUGCCUUUAGCAUAUUCCUUGCCCGUGCAAGGCAUGUAUAAACAGAUUCCAUGCACAGGUUCUCCAUCCGUUAUCCACUUCCUUAAAUCAUAAACGCAUCCCAUUCUUUCUCUAAUUUUACAGCUCCAUGGCUCGGGAGGAGUCACAGGCACCUCGCGUCACACAGAUACAGGUCAGGGUGGACUGCAAGGGUUGCGUGCAGAAGAUCAAGAAGGCACUAAAUGGCAUUCAUGGUAUACGUGAUCUUCAUGUUGACUUAAAUCGACAAAAGCUCACAAUUGUUGGGUGGGCAGAUCCAGAACAAGUUGUGAAAGCAAUUAAGAAGACAAAGAAGAAUGCCACAAUUUGCUCUAGUUUUGAACUAACGCCUUCGUCUAAACCAACAGAACCAAAACCAAAAGGAAAUGCACCAGCCCCUAAUGCAGCGCAACCACUGCCACAAGCUCCACCACCUCAAGCAAGCCACCCAUCAGAAUUACCACCACAAGCUCCACCACCUCAAGCAAGCCACCCAUUAGAAUUACCACCACGGCAACCACCACCUGAAGCAACACCAUCAUCAUCCAUACCUACACCAACACAGCACAACGCAGCCUGGAAGUGGCAGAAUAACACAAGAACAGAUCUAGAACAGGUUCAUGUGACACACCAUCAUUCGUCUAACUACGCAAACAGAUUCAGUUCUGGCCACAACCAUGCCGAGCACCGGCACCGAUACGAUAAUGGCCCUGUAUUUCUGCAAGAGCCAUCUCCGUCAAUGUAUGUGACACAUAGCUAUAAUACACACAUGCCUUCGUCAUACGUCACGGAAUACGAAUACGUUAGAUCACCAUCAAUGCACACACAUUACAAUUGCAUAGAACACUACAGUGGAGAUUACCAAAACGGCAAUGUAAACAUCGCUUCAAUGUUCAGCGAUGAUAAUCCGAAUGCCUGUUGCAUUGUGUAGUCAUAAAUUAGAAUGUUAAGAGAUGAUUACGAAAA